AGCCUCGGUUUAAGCGUUGCGGCGCGAGGGGGUGCGGUCAUGCAAUAGGAAGCCAGAAGUAUUGCAAGCUUCCGUGGGACACCAGUUACCGGGUCCCUGCGUCCUGCUCGGUUCAUUUCUCGGACACCUCCGGGGCCCCCACCUGUGGCCCCCGGAGUCCCCUUCUCACGCGAGCUAUGCCACUCAGCCGCAGUUUGUCCAUGUCCUCCCUGCCGGGACUGGAGGACUGGGAGGAUGAGUUUGACCUGGAGAACACGGUGCUCUUCGAAGUGGCCUGGGAGGUGGCCAACAAGGUGGGUGGCAUCUACACGGUGCUGCAGACGAAGGCCAAGGUGACAGGGGAUGAAUGGGGUGACAACUACUACCUGGUGGGGCCGUACACCGAGCAGGGCGUGAGGACCCAGGUGGAGCUGCUCGAGCCCCCCACCCCGGCCCUGAAGAGGACCCUGGACUCCAUGAACAGCAAGGGCUGCAAGGUUUAUUUUGGACGCUGGCUGAUCGAGGGGGGCCCCCUGGUGGUGCUCCUGGAUGUGGGGGCCUCGGCCUGGGCGCUGGAACGCUGGAAGGGGGAGCUGUGGGACACCUGCAAUAUCGGGGUGCCCUGGUACGACCGGGAGGCCAACGACGCCGUCCUCUUCGGCUUCCUCACCACCUGGUUCCUGGGUGAGGUAGGCCCCGCUGCCGUCCCAUCUCAUGCCUUUCCAUCACCGCCCAGAAAUGAAAUGCCCAUCGGCCCCUGGGCCCGAGGUUGGUUGGUUGAGCGUCCCUCCCCCAGGGCAUUCUGGGAGUCAUGGAGGAAUGAAGCGCGGGAUCUUCCUCCCCACAUGCCAGAUAUCGUGACGCCCAAUGGACUAAACGUGAAGAAAUUCUCGGCCAUGCACGAAUUCCAGAACCUGCACGCCCAGAGCAAGGCUCGAAUCCAGGAGUUUGUGCGCGGCCAUUUCUAUGGGCACCUGGACUUCAACUUGGACAAGACCUUGUACUUCUUCAUCGCCGGCCGCUAUGAGUUCUCCAACAAGGGGGCCGAUGUCUUCCUGGAGGCCCUAGCCAGGCUCAACUAUCUGCUCAGAGUGAACGGCAGUGAACUGACGGUGGUCACCUUCUUCAUCAUGCCCGCGCGGACCAACAAUUUCAACGUGGAGACCCUCAAGGGCCAGGCCGUCCGCAAGCAGCUUUGGGACACGGCCAACACAGUGAAGGAGAAAUUCGGGAGGAAACUUUAUGAGUCCUUGCUGGUGGGGAGCCUCCCGGACAUGAACAAGAUGUUGGACAAGGAAGACUUCACCAUCAUGAAGAGAGCCAUCUUCGCCACGCAGAGGCAGUCCUUUCCCCCAGUGUGUACCCACAACAUGCUGGAUGACUCAUCGGACCCUAUCCUGACUUCCAUCCGCCGAAUCGGCCUCUUCAAUAGCAGUGCCGACAGGGUCAAGGUGAUUUUCCACCCCGAGUUCCUCUCCUCCACCAGCCCUCUGCUCCCGGUGGACUACGAGGAGUUUGUCCGAGGCUGCCACCUAGGGGUCUUCCCCUCUUACUACGAGCCUUGGGGCUACACGCCAGGUGAGUGCACUGUCAUGGGCAUCCCCAGUAUUUCCACCAACCUGUCAGGCUUUGGCUGCUUCAUGGAAGAGCACAUCGCUGACCCCUCAGCCUACGGCAUCUACAUCCUGGACCGGCGCUUCCGCAGCUUGGACGAUUCCUGCUCGCAGCUCACCUCCUUCCUCUACAGCUUCUGCCAGCAGAGCCGGCGGCAGCGCAUCAUCCAGCGGAAUCGCACGGAGCGCCUGUCCGACCUGCUGGAUUGGAAAUACCUAGGCCGGGUAGGGCGCCCACCUUGCAUCCCCAGCGGCCCCUUUAAAAAGAGCUUCAUCCCGCUCCUGCAGGCAGACCUCCUUUGA